UACGACUCGAAGAUAAAAGAGUUGGACACUCUUUGUGUUUCAAACCUUAUAUUCUAAUGUGUUUCUUUUAGUUUUAUUCACUAAACUUCAAUUUUUUGCUAGCCAGAAUUUCCUUUUCAGUUGUGUGACAAUGACUGAUCCUGACAUUGGAUUUGAUGACAUUUUUAAAGAAAUAUGUCCAAAUGAAUUCAACGAAUUCGGAUUGAAACGUGAGAUGCGUUUUAUCAGUGAACGUAUCAUUGUUGAAUAUGACCCAACGGACCAUUUGUCGGUUCGCGAAAUCAUGCAUCCGAUGGACGCGUUUCGUAGCAGUGAACCAUAUUUUAAACAUAAACUGACUGACAAAUCGAAACAGGAAUUUGUGACUGCAAUCGACUUUCACGAACAUAUCACUUAUUUUCCAUAUUCCAAAAAUACCGGUGACAUUUGCCUUGCCCGGUAUAUUAGUAAUUUUAACGAUAUCAACUUCACCAAAAUCAGUGGUCAAAACCUUUGCUCAUUGCCUGGUGAAACCAUCUACGGGUUACGUGUUGGACGACUCGACAAAGGAAUGCUUGCUGUAAAUCAUAGAACAGAUUCUUCUGUAAAUAGCACAGUAACCGUCAUUGAUCUUGUGAAACCAGCACGGAAUAUUGCUCACUACGAUUCAUAUUCCCCUGUAAAUACUAUUGAUUGGAUUUGGCAUGGCCCAUUUCUUCUUGCUGUUGGAGAUGAUGAAUCACUCCGUGUUAUGGACGUCCGAUGCCCAAAAGCUUUCAAUGCAGUCUUCUUCGAUGGUGGUGUUCAGAAAACAGCUCUCUGUUCGACAAGACCCCUUGAAAUUGCUUGCUGGAACGGAUCCAACGUCCUCCUGUACGAUGUUCGGCGGCCAGAAGUGCCGUGCGCUAUUUAUGAUAUUGGACUUGAAAAAAACGAGAGCAUACUCGAUAUGAAGUUCAAUCCCUAUAUUACCAAUGAAUUAUUUGUACAUACUAACAGCCACCGCGUCUUUGCUAUGAAUAUGAACCCAACUCAUCUAAUUGGAGGACGACCGAUUUCUGAAAAACCAUAUCGGAAAUGGCAGGUCAUUACGUUUAAGCACAUUGACAGAGGAUGCACUGCAACUCGGCACACAAUGUUGCGACGCGAAAAAAUGCCUUACGAAGAUGCAGAAGUACCGUUACUGGGUUAUUACGGGCAGUAUGAAGCGGCAAAGAAUGACCCACAAGUUCCGAUUCCUACUUUGUGGACUUAUCCUGCCGAAGUGGACAUGAAGUUCCUGGCUAAAAUUCAAGACGUCCCUGAAAUUGAUUACGAGUCAUAUUUGUACAAAGCAGUUGAACGAGUUUCCGCGGAACGAGAUUUUAAAAUUCACAAGCCAAAGAUCUUGUACCAGGCAAAAGGAGUGGAAUCGUUUGAUUUUGUAUUUCCGGGUGUUAACGGUAUCAUGUGCUUUGAUAGAAACACAUUUACCUAUAAAAUUGUCAGGAGUCCUAAACACUAUGAAGGAAGCGUCAACCCGUACGCAGGAUCCGACUCGGUGUUUUUUUACAGAGGUCUUCAGAUUCAAGAAAUGAUUCCUGCACAAACACUGACCAUGAUGUGUAACAGGUUAGAAGCUGGAUGGAAUGCUUAUCAAGUAUCCGAAAGAUCGUUGAAAGAACUGGCCUUCAAAAUCACGGAAGAAAGUCGAUCGGUUUGGGCAAAGUGGCUUCACAAUUCUGUCAUCAUUCAGUAUGGAGGCAAAGAAUUUGGAAACAUCGGUGUGAAUGACCUCGAAUGGGAAGACCUUGUUCCACUUCCAGACGGACGGCUUCCAGAAGUGGAGAUCCCUCCGUACGAGUAUAUGAAAGAUAACGUUGCCACUGAAGAAAUUACUCAAAUGGUUGCCCCAUUCUUCAGAUUGUUUCUCCCAGAUCCUCGUCCGGAUUUAUUGUCCGAUUCGGAGUCGGAGACUGAAGAUCACAAUGCGCCACCCGGCAAUCCAUGCGAAGACGAUUCUGAUGAACCGGAGAGUGGCCUACCAUCGGAGCUAUCGUUCAACAUGAGAACGUUGUGCAAAUGCCACGCGAAGAUUCGAUACUACAAUAAGAAGCAGUCUGAUAGGAAAUACAUGUAUGCUUCCAUGGGAAAUUCUUUUGCGAUUGGCUCGAGUAAGCGGAUUCGUGACAAGUUCUUCAAGUUGGGAUGGAAGUCAAUUACUAAACCUCAAAUUCUGGGACAUCGGCUGAAAAUUGACACGGCAUUCAAAAAGAAAAGCAUUCUCGACGAUCUACCGAAGUUUCAACGUUUCAAGCCAAGAGAAUUUCAGAAGCGAGUCCUCCCACCAAAGCUGAUCACAGAUUCCACGUCAGUUUUUAUGAAACCUGAAUACAUCAAAGAACGAGAGGCAAAAGAAAAGGAAAUGCGCGAGAAAGCUGCACAGCCAAUACAAGCUCCCAUUGGUCUGUCAAUGCCAAAAAGCUCGAGAAAGGAGCCUAAACAGACACCUGUAACUUCUGAUGGAAAUGGCGAAGAAGACCCGGAGCAUGCUCGCUUUAUGAUUCGUGCCGCGAUUCAGCUAGCUGACAACAAUAGCUCCGACGACGAGAUUGUUUCUCCGCCUCAAGCAACACCUACUCCACCUCCUGCACCUACGCCUACUCCCCAUGUACCUCAAGCAUUGUCAGUGCGAAACGAGAAGGAUGAUUUUGAGUAUGAGACUCCCGAGGAUGCCUACUUUGGAAUCAAGAAAAAACGAAUGUACGUGGUCUACCAGCCAGCUACACAGCCGCUUGGAUUGCGAAGAUACAAGCCAGAUCGACUCCGAGAGAGCACCUUUAUCAGACGUCUCGAGCAUCUCAUGUACUGGGGUAGACGUCGUCAUGAACGGGAUAUUCUUUAUGGUCGGUUUGAGGAAAACGACAAACGGCAAUCUAGUGUGAAGGAGCGAUGUACAUUGGACUUGAAGUUCUCACUCAACAAUCAUAUGAAAGUUGGUUGGCAGACAUUCUACGACAAGAACUUUUUCUUUUCCAACAAGUGCUCCUACAAUCAGAUUCUCCGAAAAGCAAUUCAGAUGUACAAUCGGCUGUGCGGGUUUGAUAGUCACGAAACUACAUUUAAAAGUGUUCGACACGAACGAAUGCUCUGUGGUGUCAAUCCGAGGAACGUGAUGGAUAAGGAAGCGAUCGAGGAAGCAAGGUAUUUGAGGAAGGAUAUCAGUAUCAUCGAAAACUCAACUAUCAAGUUGUACAAUCACUUCAUGACAUUUGUUCAAGCUCAGCUUCCCUACAAACUGGAUCACACUAUUUUCAUGGAGAAUUUUGAAGGAGAUACCCCUUUUUCACAGAGAGCUGAGUGUCCUAUUGAGGAGAAAAAGCAAACGGCAAAAUAUGAUGAGAACGACAAAUUCAUGUUUCCAUUGGGAAGGCUGCGGUUUUGUGAAUUUGAUAUUCCACCAAACUUUAUGCAUGAGAUCGAAAACCGCCGAGUGCCGAAGCCUCCAAAAAAGAAUCCGGGAUUGUACCUUGAAGAUUUUGAACAUUUGUCAGCUCAACCAUCAAAACCCGUGCUUCGUCGUUCAAACUCUUGUCCGGACCUUGGUUUAGCAAUUGAAUCGACAGAGAAUUCACGUGUGUGUAAUGAAUUUUUCCAUGAAAUCUACCGCCGGAUCAUUGCCUACCGCGAUAUGUGUCAUCAAAGAGAACAUGGAAAUGUUGUGCCGCAUUAUGGAUCAGAAUACUUGGAACCUUUACUAACGGCUGGUGUAUUGCAGCAAUUUAAUACGCACUCAGUCAACGGAGACUAUAAAGUUGAUGAUAUUCUGACUAACUUCACUAAAUUUCUAGAGUGGGAUUCUCCAAUGAUUUCUGAUACUGACCGAGAAACUGGCCGCAAGUUUAUGAGAAGGGUUGUACCAUUCAAAGAACCACAACCACCACGUCAAUUGGAGGGAAUCGAUCCCCUAUUUGAUUAUAUCACAAUUGAAGUAAUGCGCGCUGCUGCGAAAAAUCUGCACGUGUCUUAUAUAUUCAAUGAUCCUAUUCUUCGCACCUGGCCUGGUCUUCAAAUUUUGGAUGAAGGACGAGAUGGCAUGUUCACAUUGUGCCCAAAAUUUCCACGAGUUCCUGCUGAGCAGUUGUCUGAAAUUGACAUUUUCAAGUCACCACUUUGUCUUCCAACAAAAGCUGUAGAAUUUUAUUCGGAUUUUUUCACGGAAGUGCUCUUAAUUGGACGUGACUCCAAGAAGAAUCGUAUUCGCCCGCCAGUCUAUAAUGAGCACAACAUCAACGUCCCAGAAGGUCUCAUUGAAAUUUUAAAACCUGCCUUUUACGGAUUUUUCAAGUAUGACCGGGAAAGCCGAUACAACGAAGAACAGUCCCUCGAAAUGAAAAAUCGAAGAGAAUUGCAACGAGCCAUCUUUGAAAAGAGAAUUAUCACAUUCCGGCAACCAGUUAUUGAAGAAACUGAGCAAGAACUGGCUAUUGAGGAGAAUCUGAAUGUGGAGGAAGACGACCUGCGGACGACUUCCGAAGAAAGUGAGGGAGAAGACGAAGUGAAAAAUGACUCUGACCCCAAUGACAUUUCUGACUUUUGGAAAAUUUUCAAAGUAACGGAGGAUGAAGCUGGAGUGAAUGGUGACCGUGACAGUGACGAAGAUCUUGUUCAGCGAAAAAUUGGAAUCUUUCACGCUGGAGACGACGACUCUUACAAUUGCUUCAACCCGCACACUCGCGAAAAUAUUCGUAAAAUUUCGGUGGAAGAGGAGGAAGUGGAAGAUGAGCCGAAAAAGUUGGGAUCAGUUCUAACAAAUCUUUUCGAACAAGACCUUGUCAAACAAAAACGACUUGGCGAUUGCCCAAUUGGAAGUCCAAGAAAGAGCAGCAUCAAGAUUGAUUACAACCGAGGAAUGGUGGUUCCGCUCACUGAACUCACCAAGCAGACAAAGACAGUGACAUGGGGAGAAGUUACGGAGCACUCUGUCCCACCACGUCCAAUUCGUCAUCGAAAUCGCCACCGCGUUGAAGUUGAUGCAAAGUUCUAUCGCGAUUUGUACAGUGUACAGUUGACCAGAAGAGUGAAGAGCAACGAUAAUUUCCAAAAGACUAAGCCAGCUCGGAAGAAUAGUGAUCCGACCGCAGUUCAUCAUAUUGGAAUACCUCGAAGAGCUAGUUUGGAUCAGUUCUACAGAAAAGAUCUACCGGCAACCUGCUCGGCAUGUAUCAAAGAGCCAUGGCCGACUAAGGAAAUUUGCAUUGUGUGCCAUCCAGACACAACCAUCUUUCGCUGCACAAAUAUUGUAAACCUUCACGAGCCGUGCCUCAUCUGCGGAAACAAUAUUUACAAAUUCUCAUGCUCAAACUACGAGCACCACAAUCAGUAUGUCACUCCGAUAAUUUCAAUCUUUGAUCAACCCAAGCUCAAGCCAGUUGACGAGGAGUUUAAGAAGAAACUGGCAGUUAAAAAUGAGACUGUAAUCUAUGAGAACACUCCGGCAGUUUGGAAUGUGAAAGCGUAUAGAGCAGGAGAAUCGGCUGUGAAUACAUUUUUUGCGGAAACUGAUGAUCGAGGCUUCAAAACAUUACAAGGCGAUCAACUUGCUGGAUUUUUCCAUCGUGAAUUUAACUGGGUGACUUGGAGAAUGGAUGAAGAUAAAUCUGAACGAGUUUUUGUCUCUGAAGAAUUUGAUGUGGCAUUUGACCGUGACGCUGAUAUUGACAUGAUGCGAGACACCAUGAAUACCAUCAGCCAGGACGGUGAAAUGGACAUGAUGACCACGUACGAUCAGCGCACGGGAAUGAGAAUUCGUCGAUGGAUCAGUUAUGCGGCACUGGCGACAAGAGUGCAAAAGCAGAAUGAAAAGGUUCACUAUCGCAAGAAAGCUGCGGAGAGAGAAGCACGUAUUCUGUCUGGAGAGAUUUCGGUGAAGCCGUCUUUGCUGAAUGAGUUGAAGAAAAAGGCAAAGGAUAAGGAAGUGGCUGCAACAAUUGCUACUGAAAAUGAUGAUGCCAAAAAGGAAGAAGAACGGCGAAAAGCAUAUAAGUUGUGGAAAAAGUUGCCAAUUCCUGAGUUUAUUGAAGAUCCGAAAAAGAAGAUGCCAAACUUUGCACCACCAAAAUCAGAGGAUUGGCUUGAAUCAUCUGGAUCUGAAGACGAACUUCCGCCGAUCAAAUCUCGAAUUCUCAGCAAAGAAAUGAAGGAGUUCAUUGAUACAAUUAGAGUGCACAUGGAACAGAAGCCGAAAAGUUUUGAAGGAAUUGCAGUCACCUAUGGAAAACUUUUCGAGAAACGUCCAAUCUUGAAAAACGAUAUUGUUCUGGUUACCCGAAAAAAGAACGUGCGCCGAAAACCACCACCGUUCCGCAUUCAACGUAUUCCGCUGGACGAGUCUUGGCUCAACACGGCUUUCACAGUUUCAUUUCUGCCAGUUCCAGUUCAGGUCCGCAAUCCGAGAGAUCCGAUGAAAUGGACAGUUCCAUUUUAUAAUUCUCAACGUUUGGCAUUAACUGCACAGGAGACAAAGGAACGAGCACUUCGUCCACCAACUCCACCGCCAACUUUGAAAAAGUUGUACACAACGAUGAAAGAUGUUGAGAAAGCAUUCUAUCAUCGGAAACGAGUCAAAUCACAGAUCACAUUAAAGAAGGCAAAGACUGCUCGCCAGUUGAGGUUCCAUAAAAAGCUCUACGGACAUUCUAAAGAACCAUCCCAUCCUACAAAAGCUUGGACGCAUGUACAUCGACAAAUUGGUUUGAAGAAGUCAAAAGUGCAACCUCGUAAAUUGAAGGAAGCUCAUUACCUACCAGGACUGGCGAAACAGAAGAAUAAAUACAUUUUCACCUAUUUUCCAAAUCCAAAAUUGGAGAAAGUGAAACUAAGCCAGCGGAAACCAUCUCGAAUUUCUUCAGCUUCAGAUUCCGAGUACUGCCCAAUUGUGAAAUUUCCGAAAGUGCAAAAACGUGUUGUUGAAUUAAAAGAAGAUCAUCCAACAAAUAAUUCCGAACUCGGAAUUAUAGAGCGAAAGAAGAAAGAACUCAAACGUGAGGAUCCACCAGCCGUUCUAAUGAGUUCCACGCGUUCUACUCUCAAACGACCAGAAACUGGAAGUUUUGUUAAACGCGAAAUUUCAGUUGGAAAACCUGCACUACCAAAGGCCGACGUGCAGAAGACUUUAGAAACAGUUUCACUGAAAAGGAUCGACUCUCAAACAGAACCAAAGACUGAAUCAAUAAAACAGAGACGACAUCCAAUUUUUGAACAUCUCGAGGACAAGUCCAUCAACAAUUUUUCUCAAGGAAUUCCAGCCAUCUCUGUUGUUGAACCAUCAAGUUGCCAGCUGCCUAGAAAAAGCCGACAAAAAGAGCACAAGAUCACGACCAAUUCAAAUUCUUCUAAUAGUAUUGAUUCCGACGGAAUGAAAAUGGAUCGUUCUUCAAGCAAACAACCAUCAGUUGCUGUAAGAUCAAAGUCUACCAUGAUUCCACACAGCAGGAAACUUCGGAAGCAAAUGCCGGCGUGCCGGUCAUUUUCUGUGGAUAAGGGAAGUAGCUACAGAAAAGCAUUGAAGAAAAUUGCUCGAAAGUGUAGAUCAAUUCAAAAGGAGAAGUCGAAAAAGGUCACGAAGCCGGAUGAUUCCAAACCAGAAGUCAUACCAUCAGAUCAGAAACCAAAAUCUCAAUUGGAGACAAGUGUGGCCCUUCCAAGUAAAUCUGCAAAAGUGUCUACUAAAAAAUCGGAAAAAGAUUUGUCGCCGCUGAAAUCAACGGAAUUGCAGCUGGAAAGGAAAUUCCUAAAGAACAAAGUCCACAAUCGCCGUUCAUCGCGUGCACCAGGGAUUCACCACCAACGACCAUUGCAUCCUCGUUGGCUACCAACUGAUCAUGAAACUGAUCGCAAAGAUAGUCGCGCGGCAUCUCAAUUCCGAUUCCAGCAUAUGAGAUCCAAGCGUUUCACAAGACAACGGAAAGUUCUCCACAAGGAGCCAAGACGGUCGAGAGUUCUGAACACUAUUCGGAAGAAUGAUUCAUUAAAGGGCAAAAAUCACAGGAUGAAAUACGAACAGCCAAUAGAUGCGAAAAUUUCUGACAUGUUCUUGAAGCCUUGGAAGCCUUUGCGAAGAUCGAAGAAGGGAAUUCGUUCACGAAAGAAGUAUAAGAAAAAUGUGAAAGCAAAAAAUACUACCAAACUUCAGCCUAUGCCAUGGAAACAAAUGCUUCGAAAACUUGCUGACUAUAAUGUUAACAUCAAGCGGGUACGAUUGAGCGAUUUUAAGAAGAUUAGACCAAAGCAGCAGGAAGAUAUGGAAACCAAAGAGAAAUCUAUUGAGAUUGUGGUGAAACCAUCCAACAACCUCAAGUCGUGUUUGAAACGUGGGCAAGGACAUCGUUCUAUGAAAUUUAACUCUCAAUCUCCUGAUGGCAAAACUUCUAGUGCUGGAUCCAACAAAACACUGAAGCUUGUCAAGACAAGUGCACAUUCGUUGGCUGGAACCUCACCUCCAAAAACUUCUUUUACUGUUCCGUCGCUUCUAGAAUUGGACGAUUCGUCGCCUCUCAAGAAUACAUGGCUGACGAACACAAGAAAAAAUUCGAAGGGUGAGAAAAAAGUUAAGGAAAACACUGCACCUGUUCAACAAGCUCCCGUGCCCGUGUCUCCACCAAGAGAGGAAACUCCUGAACCAACACCCUCGCCGCCUGUUCGUCUCCUUCGACCAUUGUCGGCUGAAUCGGAAGAAAAAGUACCCGUCGAGAAAGUUGACACUCCUUCACCUCUGACUCCACCUGCCGCUUCGGUUCCUGCUCCACCACCAAAAAUGCCAGCCGAUCAACAGUGGAGGGCAGCGAUGAUGGCUCGAAGAUAUAUGGGUGCCAGCAAGCCUGUUUUUGUAAAGCCACCAUCGGCUCUUUCGAAAACUGAAUCAUUGAAGGAAGCUUCAAACAUUCAAGAGUCUGCUUCGACGACUAGGGUACAACCAGCGUUGGUGGUUUCACAUUCCACUCCAGAACCUGUACAACUAACAAGAAUGGCGGCAGCUAAAAAAUCCGAACAGAAAGAAUAUAAAACACCAGUGGCAAAACCAAAGGCAACAGCACCACCUCCGAUCACUCCAAAAGCUGCAUCAAUCAGGCCUGCUACUCAAAAGCUGCACGAAUCCGAAUUGACAAAAAGUGAAGCUUCCAGAAAUGUUUCAUCUUCUUCUGGAAAGUCUCAGAAACAGGCAGACGUCCAAUCUCGGCCUAAAUUACAAAGUGUACAGGAAAAACGCUCUGUGCCAAAAGUUGUCAAACCGUUAGAUCCAAAAGGUCCUCAAAAGGAGCAAGAAAGCAAAAAGAAUGAGAAAGUGGUGCCUAGUACCAACGUGACUUUGGAUGAUCAAGCUUCAUCUUCUUCGAAUCAGCAAGGACCAGGAUCCGCGAAAAAACCAUCUGCAUCAAUUUUCACUGCAUUAUUUGGACGAAAAAAAGAAAAGAAAAUGACUUCAUCAACAGCCGAAAGUUCAUCAAUCCCUAUUCCCUCUCCUGAAAACCAAGAAGCCACCAGUGAAACAAACCGAAGCUCACCAAUUCUUCCAAGAAUUAAAAAGCCUGAAACAGGACAGCUUAUCAAACGGUCACCAACUUCUGAUGUUCCGAAGCCAUGUGUGGUUAGCGGCGCCAUUGUGAAAUUUGUAGACGGGAAGCCAAUCUCAAACUCACCGAGUUAUGGAAAACCAAUGGCGAGGAGGCGCCCUAAAAAAGCGGAUUCAGCGGCGGACAGCGGAGAUCUAGGUUCCGACGAAGGUUCAACUUCGCAUGAAGGAUGUUUGAAGGACGAGGAAAAUUCACAAAAAAAGCCUGCUGGCAAAACAGUCCGAUUUGGACCAAUAUCAUAUGAGCCGCCAGAACCAGCACCCCCACAACCUGUGGAAAUACCAAAAGUUGAACCGACACCGGAGAUAUCGUUUGAAAGUUUGGCUCAGCAAAUGGCACAAAAAACUUUGCGAAAAGAAGAAGCCUCCAAGAUUUUGGAACAUUACCCCGUGACUGAGCAGACUUCGCCUUCCACAGCAGAGCCUGUUUCUCCAACAAAAUCUGGUUCGAAGUUAUCGUUCUUUGGAUUAUCACCUUUUGGAAAAGUGACACCGAAAAAGAAUACGGCGCAAACACAAAGUUUAACAGUUUUGGAGUCAACAUCUUCACCAGAAUUGCUCACACCAUCUAAUCCAGAAACUUCGAAUACGGCUUCAACUUCAAGCUCUAAACAACCAAAGUCAUUGUCGGAAGAGAAAAUUACGGCAACUCAGAUGAUCCAAACCAGAGGCCGACCAAUCAGGAAGCUAUCUCAUCGUCGUCAAUUGAAAAUUGGAGAUCCAUCGCCAUUACAACUCUCUGGAGAUUCUUCAUUGCCAAGGCCAGCUCAACCUUCGCCCGAAAAGCCACCACAGCUUGAAGUUCCGCAAGGAGUGCAAACGUACAACCCGCCAUCUCAAAGGAAGUACUACACUCGAUUAGGACGCGAAUGGAAGCCACCACCAAAAGCCAAGACGCCACUAUCAAUCAGAGUUCCACAGAGCGGUGUUUCAACUUCGACUCCAGCCAUUGAUUUGUCUGCUAAGGAAGUUCUUUUAGCACCCAUUGAAAAAACAAAGAAGAUGAGAAAGAGGAAACCAAAGCCUAUGGAAACAACUCUGGUACUUGACGGAACUGAACAUUUCAAGAAACUUACCGCUGAAAACUUGCAACUAUUGAGUCGUCAGUUCAAAUCAAAGAGGAAGAAUAAGAAGAAGAGGACCAAGACAUGGUCAGUCAUUGGCUGCGAUGAGAAUGAUGACAGCACAAAGUGCAUGCAACACAACAAGCUUCUUGAAGAGUUUCGUGAUCUGAAGAAAUCGUUAAUCACCCGCCAACUCGAUGAGAAAAUGAUUACCGCAAGAGCUGUAUUCAAUCCGCGAUUCACUGAUUCGUCGAGCACAAAACACGAGCUACUGAGAAACAAACCAAAGUUUGAGACAACGAGAAAAAAGUUGAAAAGGCUAGCCAACAAUCGACAGCAAAAAAUUCGGAUGUCUGGAAUUCACUCACAACCGAAACGGGAUGUUGCAAUCAGUGCCAUCCGACAGGUCCAAAAAGUCAGAUUCUUCCAAUCUACAGGCAAAAAGAUGAUGAAUCCAAUUAUCAGCGGCUUCAAGCCUAAAUCAAUUUUGAAACCACCAAAACCUCCAGCUACAUGGUUGUUCCGAAUUGACAGUGAAGGGAACAAGCUGUAUAUGAAGAAACUAGGUCCAAGCGAUUGGCAGAAAAAGAAUGAUGAAAAAUGCAAUCCGAUGUCUGCUAUGGAUCCCAGAAAGAAGAAAUCGAAUAGCUAUUUGAAACGGUGGGCAAAAAUGAUGGCAAAAGUUGGAAAGAAGAAUAUGACAAAACUUUUCGAAACUAAUCAAUUGACUCGAAGACUUGGAGCACCAAAGAAGGACUCUCAUCCGAAGGAUGUACUGGUAGAUCCGCCAAAAGCAGAUGCUCCUCCACCAUCAAGAAGUUUAUCCUGGACUACCGUUUCUUCUAAUGCCUCACUGAAUUCGCUUCUCGAUGCACUUAAUACCGUUGGAUCAGAUGAACCGUCAACCAGCUCCGGCAUAGUCACCGAUAUUGCCCCACCCAUCGUCAAAGAACAAUUCAGAAAGGCGAAAGAAAGCAGACCAACACAACAAACCGUGUCCAAGAAGUAUCCAACAGUGUACUUGGGUAUGACGGUUGCCAGGUCGCCAUCUAGUUCUACUAGUUUGGUAAAUCUGGAUGAAAGAGAAGCAGUUUCCUCGCUAGCACAAGAUGGUUCGGAAAUUGUCGAAUACGUCGGACAAGAGGAGCCAGUAGUUGAAACCACGAAACGUCGUUUUGAUCCAUUUGUUCGUCCGAUAAGUGCUCUUUUCAAAGCAUUCACUUCAAGUUCACCAGAAGUCGGACUGGAAGCUGAUUCGCGGUCACGGCCAACGGAAAGAACUUUGAGAGGAUUGUUCCGUCGCUCAUCACCAACGAUGCCUGAAUUUUCCACGCGACACGUUUCAUCGUCUCCUACCCGUCGUCGAGCAAAUCGGGGACCGGUCACGUCAGUGUCGCAAGGAUCAUCGGCAGAAGAUAUUUUGGCUUUAAUGCAAGCUCAACCCGACGCAUUGGAAAACAUGGAAGAACAAGUCGUAUCCAAAUUCCCACCAAUUCAACUACAGGCGCCAGUGUUAAAUGGAAAAUCUAUGUGGAGACCGAAGUUGAAGCUGAAAAAUAGUCUCUAUACGCAGUUUAAGGAGCUAAAGGAAGAAUCCAAAAAGCGAAAACUCGUGGAAUAUCUUGACCAGAAUUAUAAAAACAACAAAAGCUAUUCGACGCUUCAAACUUUGAUUACAUUUAACCUGGAUCAAUAUAUGAGGACUAAUCUUUAUCCAAGGCCAAAACUGAACACCGAUUUGCUCGGGAAAUACGACCCGAAUAGUCUGAGAGUUAGUAGUAGCUCAAGAAGUGGAUUACAGCGAUCUACUAGACUUAUUGUCAAGAAGAUUAGGAGAUGUCAAGAGCAGUUGGAAAAAUGGAAGAGAUUGAUUGCAACGUCGACCAAUCAGCAGCUGACCAAUGGAGAAUUAGUCAAACGAGCAAAAGCAUCGAUGAAACAAGCUUCGAAUAGAAAGGCGAAGAAGGUACUAGUGCUUUACAAGUUCAAGCGAACAUGCUUCAAGUAUCGAGUUCAAGUGACCAUCACAAAGAGUGCUCGAAAAAUUCUUGCCGAUCAGAAUCAGAAGAAACAAUUGAUAAUGCAUGAGGAGAAGAAACGCACUCCGACAAUUCUUACCAUUGGGGAUGAAGACGAUGAAAACGAAAUCGUGGAUUUAUUGUCAGGCAAUGAAGAUUCGGCAAAUUGCCAGAAUCUGGCAGACUACGACGGCGACAAUGAUGACGAUGCAAUUGAUACUGAGCUGGAUUGGGUCGCAAAUACCAGCCAAGUAGUGAUUCGAAAAAAUCAACGUCGCCGCUUGCUUCGUCACUAUUUCAAUUUCGCUAUUCGCAUGGCACGAAAAGUUUCACGACGUUCAGUUGGUGUGCAGAAGCCAUUGGUGUUCUACUCGUUUAUCAGUCAGAUGCGUUCAAGAAUGCGGAAUUUCAUGAGAAUUCGCCAUAAUGAUCAGACACGAGCAAGACAAAAGAACAAGCUUGCUGUUUCGAAUUCCACGACAACAUUGAAAGAGACAAGGCUGCGUUCAAGUUCGAAGAAGCAAAAUAGGAAAUCGAAAUCGCAACGUCAAAUUCCGAUUUGUAUUCGAAAUUCACUAAAAUACGGAGGCACUGCAGAGAAAAAAGUGAUUGUGGAACAAUCCAAGUUCAACUUCCAAAAACUCAACACAAAGCUUCAAACGUUCUUCGAAUGCCUUGAUGAGUAUAUUGAUGUGGGAACUCCGAUCAAAUUAGUUUUUAGCUCGAAGAACACUAUUUUGCCGAAAAAGAUGUUCGACGUCAAAACCAAGUUGAUUGAUCCAGUUUACUACACAUCACCAUCGCCCUGCAACACGGACAGUGAUUUUUCGGACAACACUCCGGAUGACUAUAAAUCGUCUGAUUUGAAGCAAUUCUUCCUGCGAGAAAGCCUUGAAUCAACAUAUCACGUAAAAGGUCUGCCGGGGCUCAUCUAUCUGGCUCGUCUUGUUCAAGAACGAGUCGCUGACGACGUUGAGAGGAAUAUUCCGUUUAGAGGACCUGGCAUGGAGACUUGUAACCUUGUGGUAUACAUGACACCCAUUCGCCGUCUCAUGCUAAACUCUUUCGGCUUACGAAUGCCAGAUCGUUUGGACGAUGUGAUGCUAUCUAAACAUCAGAACGAGAAGUUUGAGCUGUGGUUUGAUCGAUUGUAUCGAAUGUUGUGCUAUGGUCGUGGAGAUUUGUGCAAAUACAUAAUUGACAAAAUUUCAUUGGGUCAAGGUCCUCCGAACAAAAAGUACGAAAAAAUGGAUAUCACCUAUCAGGCGCACAUUAUUCAUAAACUGUAUAAAAAAAUGAUGUACAUUGAAAAUGGUAGAGAAGCUAAACUCGCUGUACAAGAGUUUAUGGAUAUCGGGUUGGACAUUGAUCAUGAACCAUUCUCGAAGCAAGUCAAGAUGGGACAAUAUGAUAGGAUGCUGUAUGGAAAUCCAAAACCAUGGAAUAAGGAUAAUUGGGUUGAAGCUUGCGAUCAGUUCUUGAACUAUUCAAACACAAAAGAGGAUGUUCUUGUCUCAUGCCAAGCGUCACUUUUGCUUAUGAGAAUGAUUUUCCUUGGAGGUUACUCUCAAGACGUUGUGGAUCAUUUAAUUACCAUGAAUCUUCCCAUGCGUGAUAAACUAUUGUUCAUAAUCAACCUGACGCCUCCUGACAACCUUGUCGAGAAUAUCGUAAAGAUUUUCCACACUGUGCGCGGACUCGAUCGCUUGCCAUUUGUUGGACUCGGCUAUCACGCUGACCCUCUGCGUGUACUUUUUGAAGAAGCCGUGGAAAGUGGUGACCCUCAACUUAUUGCACACAUUGUUCGCGUUGGUAGAUGUUUGGAUCGACGGUCCAGAGAACCAAUGAUGACGGAUUGUGGCUCGGAUCAUAUUCAGAAACGUGACUUUGCAAAUAUCAUGACCAAAGUUAUUACCAACGGAAAUGAGCGUAGACCAUAUGGAGCACCAACAAUGGAUGAAAUGUUUCCCUUCAGAUAUGUUCGAAAUCCCGAUGGAAGUGAUGUCGCCGAAACAACAGAGGAACUGGCUAACAUCAUGGAGUGCGAAGUAACAAGAUACAUGGCAAUUCUUGAACUUACAAAAGGAGCGGCUGUGACCAAGGGUGAUUUGGAUCAUAAUCCAAAGUUCAACACGUAUCCUCACAAGUUUUAUUUUGACGUUCUUUGUACCGGGUGCAAGAUGAACGUGUCGAAAGGUCGCAACCUGGGUCGUUUGGGAAGAACACUGUGCGUCUCGACAAUGCCACUUAUUGAGCAGGACAAGGACAAAAAGAGAUGGCCAAAUGCGAAGACAAUGUCGCCAAGGCUAACGUUUGAGAAUUAUAUUGAAACUCUGGAUCCCACCGAGAAUAAGAUGUUAAUGGCAAAGGAUAUCGAGGAGGAGAAGACGGACAUCACUGUGCAAGUCCUUCCAUCUCGAUUCGGUUGCUUCCAAUGUCGUUUCUCCUUACCGCGCUGCUGCGUCUGUAUGUGCCCUUAUUUGAAUGACCACAUGGACUUUGCGCUCAAAGAUUACAAUGAAAGCUUCUCGCAGUUCAGCAUUUGCAAUAUUUGCAAUCAUGGUGGACACGUGAACCAUAUAGCGACGUGGUUCGAAACGGAAAAGUAUUGCCCGGUAGCCGGUUGCGACUGUCGUUGUCAACGAUCGAAGCAGACAAAGCAUUUGAAAGCAAGACUUCGUCGUCACAUGCUUCUCUCUGCAAACAUGCGUGCCAAAUCUCAUUUGUGCAAUCCAGAAUGUGCAAUUGAUGCGGAUAUUGAUGAAGGUUAUCUGCCAGAUCCGGAUUUGGCUCUAUUAGAUGACUAGUUUGUUUGAAUUGUUUUACUACAAAUUGUUAUAUGUUAUUUUUGUUUUCCAAUAAUCCCAAUAUCAAUUGUUCUUGUCACCUUAACUUGAUUGUUUUUUUUUCCCAAAUAAUGAAUGUAUAAAGGGAAAAUGUUUCAUU